CCAUGUCUGCACAGCUCUUAUCCUCAGGAGAGAACGGAAGUCCUGACUCAAGACUUAGUUUUAGGUCCAAGCAGAGAAAGAUAUUAAACCGACUCCUGGAGCGAGACUCUUCAUUCACUAAUACCGAUCUCCCUAGAACUCCAGUGAGCAAAGACGCUGAUGAUUCUGCAGACCUAAGCAUUUUGUCUGGAGAAACCCCAAAAUGUCGCCUUAAUCUUUCUAAUUUUAGUGUUGGGGAGAUGUCUGCCACUCAAUUUAGUGCUUCCACAGAUAUUGAUGAAACUGGUCUCCUGGAUUCUUCAGGACCUCAGGAAAUACUGUUAGCUAAGAUGACUCAUCCCCAGUACCAUAUAAAAUGCAACCCAGCACAGCUACUUUGUAGUACUCCCAAUGCUUCGCUCCAAGGUCACAGAAAGAAAGAUGCAAUAUGCAACUCAUCCACAAAGGAAGAAAAGGAAAACAAUUUGAAGCCCUUGGACUGGUGGGCAUCGGGAAAACAGAAAUUUCAAAAGAAACUAGGAGGCCCUUUUAUGUCUCCUCUUUCUGUAAGGAACAACAAAAACUUGGUGGAGUGUGAAAUGAAAUAUCUGGGCAGUCCCAUAACAGUUCCAGAAUUGCAUAAAAAUCCAGAACCCAGAGAAGACCUAGCAGAAGAGAUUUCAGGUGAAUUGAUGGAGUUUUCCCUAGAAGAUCAAGAUGUGGCCAAGGCAUCUUUGAACAGAAGCUCUCUCUAUCGCUCCCCUUCAUUGCCGGGGAAUUUGAAUGAGCCCAGGUGGAAGCAGGUGGUAAAAUUCAAGAACAACGUAUCACCAAAUAAAGUGAAAAAAAAGCAUUGUUCUAGCCACAAAGAAUUCAGAGUGAAUAUGGGUCUAAAGAAGACCAUCUCUCUCUGUGAUAUUAAUAUCAGUCAAAUGCUCGAAGAUGAUUUUAACCAGGGGUAUCUGAUUGGUGAUUUCUCCAAGGUAUGUGUGCUGCCAACUGUAUCAGGGAGACACCCAGAUCUGAAGUACAUCAACCCAGAAACAGUGGCUGCCUUAUUGACAGGGAAGUUUCAGGAUCUGAUUGAGAAGUUUUAUAUCAUUGACUGCCGCUUUCCAUACGAGUACCUGGGAGGACAUAUCCAGGGAGCCUUAAAUUUGUACAGUCAAGAAGAACUAUACAACUUCUUUUUAAAGAAGCCUAUUGUUCCUUUAGACACCCAGAAAAGAAUCAUCAUCGUGUUCCACUGUGAAUUCUCUUCCGAGAGGGGUCCUCGAAUGUGCCGCUUUCUGAGGGCGGAGGACAGGGCUCUGAACUGCUAUCCUGCCUUGCACUACCCAGAGCUGUACAUCCUCCGAGGAGGCUACCGAGAUUUCUUUCCAGAAUAUAUGGAGCUGUGUGAACCCCAGAGCUACUGCCCGAUGCAUCACCAGGACCAUAAAGCCGAGAUGCUGCGGUGUCAAAGCCAGACCCGCGCCCAGGAAGGCGAGCGGCAGCUGCAGGAGCAUAUCGCCUUACUGGGGAAGAGCGGGAGCUCGUGA